UGCAGUAAUAGUGGCAGAUUUUGAGAAUGUGACAUUUUUGUGACAUGCUCUUAUUACAGUAAUUUGCAACAUAUUGAUUAAUUUGGAGAUUAUAAUUGAAAGUGGACUCUGUAUUAUUGGCAUGUACUUUGGUAUAUGUUGCUAUGCAAACAUCUCUGAAAAUAAGCCAAAGACAAUAUCAGGUUGCAACCAGUGAAUACCCUUUCAACUGAAGAUGUGUGUCGUUUGUACCUGAGGAGUCUAGAAGCAGAAGUGAUUCGAGGAUGUCUUCCUUUCUGAGGUGCUGCUUUCGACAUGAGCGCCUCUCAGAAGUGGUGGAGGCUGUGGCAGUCAAGUGCCCAGAUGCGGCAUGUUGUUGUGGGUGCUGUUCAGCAUUCCGGCCACGCUACAAGAGGCUGGUGGACAACAUCUUUCCUGCCAUUCCUGAGGAUGGGUUAGUCAAGUCAAACAUGGACAAGCUUAUGUGGUAUGCGAUGAACUCGCCGGACAAAUUAGAUCGCAUAGGCGACUACCUAGCACAUCGUUUGUAUCGGGAUAUUAACAGAAGAAAGAUGGGCUAUGUGAUCAUUUCUAUGGAUGCUCUUGACCAGCUACUGGUGUCAUGUCAUGCCAAUACUCUUAACCUCUUUGUGGAGUCAUUUUUACAAAUGGUCCAGAAGCUACUAGAGUCUGUCGAACCAACGCUGCAACUCCGUGCUACUCAGUCAUUUGAGAAAUUUGCAAAUAUUCGAGAGGAUACACCCUCUUACCAUCGUCGAUAUGAUUUUCUUGUCAGUAAGUUCUCCUCUAUGUGCUACUCAAACGAAGAUGAUGAAGUUACUAGAAAACAGUUACGAACUGCUGGAAUUAAGGGUCUUCAGGGUGUGGUGCGUAAGACAGACUGGGAUAACCUCGGAGAAAAUAUCUGGCUUCCCACGCACAUGGAAAAGAUUGUUCCCUCACUCCUUUAUAAUAUGCAGGGAAAUAAAUCAUAUAUUGAGGGCAUGACACAAACUGGAGAUGCACCUGAGAACCACCAGACUGAGGGUGAAAAAGAACCUCAUGAACUGGCAGAGAUGUGUCUCAGGGAACUGGUCUCUCGUGCUACUCACGGCAAGAUACAUAGUGUGGUCAAGCCACUUCUCAUACAUUUGGACCAGGAAGGGUUGUGGGUUAGCAACUGCUUUGCUGUCCAGGUGUUCAAGAUUCUUAUGUUCUCCAUACAGGUGCAGUAUAGUAUAACAGUGAUAGAACUGAUCAUGACGCACCUCAACGAAAAGAACUCCGAGCCGGCCCAGAUUCGCACUGGCAUUGCAGAUGUUUUGUCCAAAAUCAUCCCCAUUGCAGCAGGAGAAUGUAUUGGUCCUUCAGUUAUUGACAUUAUCAACUCUCUAUUGGAGCACAUCCGGUCAUCAGUUGUAGGAGGGACGAGCGGAAAGGAAGGCUCAGCGGAGAAGGUCUACCAGGAGACCCUCAUUCAUGCCCUCGGAGAAUAUGCCAAUCACUUGCCAGACUACCAGAAAAUUGACUCUAUGGUGUUCAUUCUGAAUAAGGUUCCCGGUAGUGAUAGAGUGGAUGAUGGAGGGUCAACAAGACCUGAGGCAGAGAUCAAGUUACAACACCUUCUUCUCAAGUCUUUACUCAAGGUUGGUACCAAGUAUACAACAGAGCAGUACUCAAAGACAUUUGCCCAGUCGUUCUUAGUGCGUCUGAUGCGACUGUCGGUGUCGAGCGACCCAGAAGUGCGUCUUACUGUUCAGCAGAUCUUACACACACUCAUUGAUAGACACCAAAAUAUUGAGAAACUCACCAAACCCACUCUGGAGGUGACACGCCUGGGACUCACACUUGGGAAGCCUGUGCGGCAAGAUGUGAACUUCUGGAAGAAGUCUGGCAAUGAACUCUUGUUAUCAAUCCAGGAGAACUGCGAGUUUGCCAACAACACGCUGGCCAACAUAGAGGCACUGUAUGCCACUCUGAUGCUCCUUCUGACAGAGAUCCGCUGUGAUGAUGUCAUAGUUGACAUCCUAAGAGUUCUGUUCCACAUACAGGGGCUGGCACAGGGAGGAGCAGUGAGUGCCGUAGCUGCCAUACAGCUACACACACUGGUUGCCUCAGUCAUGGUGGUUAUCUCUCACCUGGUCACUACUCUAAAGGAACAUGUGUCUGCAGUCAUCAAGCACAGAUCAGACAAGGCCCCACAUCUACUGCCAGAGUUGUUGUCUCACUAUGAUUCCAGCUUGCUUCACAGCAGCUUACCACAGGAACUGCUCUUUGACAAUGCCAAAGUUCUGGAUCUUCUCACAGGCACCAAUCUGGAUGAGAAGCGUCUAAAUGCCAGCGUCUCAAGCAUCAUGCGGCGGCAAUCCACCGCACAACACACCUCUUCUGCCAUGGAUAUCAACUCAAUCAGUGUCGAGGUGGACAGUGCUUGUUCCUCUCCAGGACUUCCCAGGCGGUCACUGGAAGAAGAAAUCACUUUUGAGUCUCUGAAAAAGGUGCUAACUGAGAGUCCAGAGCAGAAGAGGAAGGCAGAGGAGGAGCGACGCAAACAGAUCACAGAAGCUUUCAUGACUGAAUCUUUUGAGGCCUUGGUGGCAAAGAUUCAGGCAAAGCAACCAGAUACUCUUCAGAAUAAACUCACCGAGAUCUUCAACCGGCUUCCUCCCUCCUGUCCACCAGCGCAGACAACCACAGCCAUGUCUUGUGAUACUGCUGCUGGACUCACCUCAACAACUUCUAACUAUCAGUUGCCAUAUCCUGAUAUAUAUAUUUACUAAUCCUUCAUGUCUUUCUUGAAGCUGUAUUGCUUUUGAGAAAAUUAUUUGUACAAAUUUUUGAAGGUUAACAAUUGUGAUAGUCUUAAAUAUUGAAUUUUCAAAGAUCGAUAAUAGGGUAGUCUUAAGUGUAUGUUAUUAAUGAUAACCAUUUGUUCGUAAUUAUGAGCAGCUAUGUUAAGAAUUUUGUUGCUCAGUUGUAUAUUGAAUUUCUGUGCUAAUAUUGUAUACAAGACACUGUUGUAAGGCUGUCAGUGUGUGCAUUUACAUAGUAAACUAUAAAAGAUAGACUUGAAUUUCCACUGGUGCAUGUAGUAUUAUUCUGCUGACAGAAAACAUUCAGAGCAGUCAUGCAUUUUUUUAAUAUUACAUACAAUUUUUUUUAUAGAAAAAUAUAUACUGUACUUUAUCACAAAAUGUAAACUGAAUAAUAAGUCACAAUGUUAUGAACUGAACAUUUCCUAACAAAUCCACAAAUUUGAAAUGAAAGCUGAGAGGCCUUUCAGUCCACCUUGAACCAUCAUCAGGUUGCAAAUAUGUUAGAAAAGAUAAAAAGCCAGAUAUGGAUGAACCCAUUCUCAUACCAUUAGUAAUAUGUGUGUGGAUUUGAAUGUUUCUUUGUACUAUAUUUAAUUGCUGAAUGUGUUUUUAUAGAUUUAUGUUGCCUAUUCUAAUCUAAAUUAAAGUAUAGUAAGCAGUACAAUAUUUGUAGGUUUACAAGAGGCACUAGAAAUUGACAGUUUGAGAAUUGUAUAAGAAGUUUAAAAUUCCCAUUUUCCACAUAUACCUCAAUCUUUUCUCUAAUUCUGUGCAUUUCUAGAGUACUGAUACAGGGUCUUCAGUCUAUCCUCGUAGGAAGAUUAAUACGGUAUAGUAAAUGAGAAUGGGUUGGACAACUAGCGUCAGGUCAAGUCACGUGUGUUCUGAAGAGCUUUCAAGUUUGUGGGUUUUAGAAGCUCUCUAAAAGCUUGAAUGUGCAUUCAUUCAUUAAGUAACCAAAGUUAUUUCUUGUAUUAUGCAAGUGUUCAUUUCCAUUGUGUAUUUUUUUUUUUUUUUUUACACGUCGGCCAUUUCUCACCGAGACAGGUGACACAAAAAGAAAGAAAAACCCAAAAAGAAAGAAAAAACUUUCAUCAUCAUUCAACAUUUUCACCAUCACUCAUACAUAAUCACUGUCUUUGCAGAUGAGCUCAGAUACGACAGUUUAGAUGUUCCUCCAAACUGCCAAUAUUCUAAACCCCUCCUUUACAGUGCAGGCAUUGUACUUCCCAUUUCCAGGACUCAAGUCCUGUUAACUGCUUUUCCUGAAUCCCUACACUAAAUAUUACCCUUCUUACACUCCAACAGCUCGUCAGGUCCCAAAAACCAUUCGCCUCCAUUCACUCCUAUCUAACACACACACGCACGAUUGCUGGAAGUCCAAGCCCCUCCCCCACAAAACCUUUACCCUCUCCCUCUGACCUUUACAGGGACAAUCCCUACCCCGCCAUCCUUCCCCAGCAGAUUUAUACACUCUCCAAGUCAUUCUACUUUGUUCCAUUCUCUGUAAAUGAUCAAACCACCUCAACAGCUCCUCUUUUAGUAACUCCACACCACCACCUAAUUUCCACACUACGAAUUCUCUGCAUAAUAUUUACACUGCACAUUGCCCUUAGACACAACAUCUCCACUGCCUCCAGCCGCCUCCUUGCUGCAGCAUUUACAACCCAUGCUUCACACCCAUAUAAGAGUGUUGGUACUAUACUCUUGUACAUUCCCUUCUUUGCCUCCAUGGCUAACGUUCUUUGUCUCCAUAGAUACUUCAAAGCACCACUUGCCUUUUUUCCUUCAUCAAUUCUGUGGUUUACCUCAUCCUUCAUAAACCCACCUGCUGACAAGUCAACUCCCAAAUAUCUGAAAACAUUCACUUCUUCCAUACUCCCUCCCUCCAAUGUGAUAUCUAAUUUUUCUUUAUCUAAAUCAUUUGAUAUCUGCAUCAUCUUACUCUUAUCUAUAUUUACUUUCAACUUUCUACCUUUACACACCCUCCCAAACUCGUCCACUAACCUUUGCAACUUUUCUCAAGAGUCCUCCAGAAGCACAGUAUCAUCAGCAAAAAGUAACUGUGUCAACUCCCAUUUUGUAUUUGAUUCCUCAUAAUUUAAUUCCACCCCUGUCCCCAACAACCUAGCAUUUACUUCUUUUACAACCCCAUCCAUAAAUAUGUUCAGCAACCAUUGUGACAUUACACAUCCCUGUCUAAGACCUACUUUUACUGAGAAGUAAUUACCUUCUCUCCUACACACCCUAACCUGAGCCUCACUAUCCUCAUAAAAACUUUACAGCAUUUAGUAACUUGCUACCUAUUCUAUACAUUUGCAACAUCUGCCACAUUGCUCCCCUAUCCACUCUAUCAUAUGCCUUUUCUAAAUCCGUAAAUGCAAUAAAAACUUCCCUACCUUUAUCUAAAUACUGUUUACAUAUAUGAUUCGAUGUAAACACCUGAUCUACACAUCACUUACCCAUUUUAAUGUCUCCUUGCUCAUUUGCAGUCCUGCUCUCUGUCUUACCCCUAGUUCUUUCAAUAAUAACCCUACCAUACACUUUACCUGGUAUACUAAGUAAACUACUACUAUCAACACACCGGCCGUAUCCCACCUAGGCAUGGUGACCCCCCCCAAAAAAAAAAAUACUCUUUAUUCUGUAAACUUAUUCCCCUAUAAUUUUUAGUCUCUCUUGUCCCCCUUCCCUUUAUAUAAAGGAAUUAUACGUGCUCUCUGCCAAUCCCUAGGUACCUUCCCCUCUUUCAUACAUUUAUUAAAAAAUACCAACCGCUCCAACAGUAUAUCUCUCUCCCUGCUUUUAACAUUUCUGUCAUGAUCCCAUCAGUUCCAGCUGCUUUAUUCACUUUCAUUCUAUGCAAUGCCUCAUGCACCUCCCCCACACUCACAUCCUGCUCUUCUUCACUCCUAAAAGAUGUGUAUUUUGGAUAUAUUUCUGAAGCUGUUGGAAGAUACAUUCCUCAUGGUAAAAUUUUUGACUCAUGAAUGAGGGAAUUUAUUAUUGGUAAUAUUUCUGAUGUGACUGGAAGAAAUGUUCUUCAGUGGUGAUAGAAGUUUUGACUUAUGAAUGAGUAAUUAUAUAUGCUUAUUGAGGCUAGAGGUAUACAACACAUGGCUUCUGUGUCUCGGUAUAAAUAUCUUUUAAAGAAAUUGUAUUUGGCAUUGUAUAAAAUAAAAUUUAAUAUUGCCAAAAAUUAAAAGAUUUCUUCCAGAUGGUGUUUGUAUAAAAAUAAAUAAUUUCUGUAGUAGUAGUAGUAGUAUCACCACUCACAUGGAACUGUUAAUACAUUCAACAUUCACCUAAAUUUUGAAAAAAAGCAAGAAGAAAAAUUUACAAUUACAAUUUUUCAAAAUAUCUAAUUUGAAAUUUUUUAAAUAAGAUGGACUCUUUCUAAAAGCUUGAUUUACAAAAUGAAUCAAAUUCUAAAUUUUUCACUUACUAUUUUGUAUGAAGGAACAUUCCAAAUUUCAAUUUGAUCUCUAAAAUUCAAGAUUUUCUGUAAAAUAGUAACCUCAUAUUUUAAAAUCCUGGCUUUAACAGUGCAGUCAGUAUUUUCAUGGUGAAGGAACUUUAUCAUGGCUUAAUCCAGGUAUAUGAUAUAUAUUUGUUAUGGCUGCAGUUUCUAUAUGUGGUGGUAUAUCUUUUCAAGGUAGGUUAAAGGGAUUUGAUCCAAGAAAUUGGUACUAAUGCUCCAUUCUUAUUCCCAGGUGUUGUAUAAUUCCUACAGGUUUGGUGCUUUCUUUUGAAUGUAUUAAUUUUUUUUAACUGGUCAUUUCCCACCAAGGCAAGGUGACCCCCCCCCCCAAAAAAAAAAAAAAAAAAAUAAAAGAAACACUUUCAUGAUGGUGAAAGUUUUUCUUUUUCGGGCCACCCUGUCUUGGUGGGAAUCAGCCAGUGUGAUAAUAAUAAUAAUAAAAAACUUUCAUCAUCACUCACUCCAUCACUGUCUUGCCGGAGGUUUGCCGAUACUGCAGUUCAAAAACUGCAAUGUAUCUCCACCCCUCCUUCAGAAUACAGUCAUACCCUGCCCUUUGUCAUUAAUUAGUUCCAAGAGCUGUGAUGUAACCUAGUUUUUGAUGUAAACUGGACAUAAUGCCUUAAAAUGAUGACAAACACUGUAAAACUAGCAUAAAUAACUCGUGAAAGAAUAUAACUACUAUUGCUAAACCUUAAAAAACACUAAAAGCAUAUUUUAGUCAUUUUUUUUUUUAAGAGUAAUGAAAAUAAUGGAGGUAUAAUAUCUUGGCCUAGGCCCACUCCUUAGGCCUCUGAGGCAAUCUAUCAUUUUUCCUUAAGAACUUCUUAACUGAAAGACAUUUCCGUGUUCGUGUUAAUAAUGUGCUUUCCCUGGACUUUGUCCAAGCUGAAGGUGUCCCUCAGGGAUGUGUUCUGAGCACAACACUUUUUCUCCUUGCUAUAAAUGAUCUGGCCUUUGUUCUUCCAUCCAGUAUUUUGUCAUCGCUCUGUGUUGAUGUCUUCACUAUAGCUUGUGAAGGCACUGACUGUCACCUCAUUGCAGUUUCUCUCCAGCAUGCAGUCAACCAUCUUUCCAGUUGGGCCACCACUCAUGGGUUUCAAUUUUCUAGCUCUAAAACUCACCAAAUUACUUUCACUAGGCUCUCUGUCAUCUCUGAUCAUCCAUUGUAUCUAUAUGGCUUGUGUAUCCCAGAAUGUGAUAUGGUCAGGUUUCUUGGCCUUCUGUUUGACCAUAGGUUGUCCUGGGAACCUCACAUUACCUCUCUGAAGGCAAUUUGCGAUAGCCGGCUGAACCUCUUAACACCCUCGCUCAUCUUUCAUGGGGGGCUGAUCGUAGAACUCUCCUUCGACUACAUUUAGCCAUAAUUUUAUUGAAAAUCGAUUAUGGCGACCAGAUAGAUUCAGUGGCCUCUCCUGCAACUCUCUCUAGGUUUAAUCCCAUCCAUCACCAAGGAUUACAUUUAUGCCUCGGUGCUUUUCACUCUUUGCCAGUUGAGAGCCUCUUUGUAGAGGUGAAUAUUCCAUCCUUGUCCGAUCGCCAUGAUGCUCAUUGCUUUCACUAUUAUGUUUGAUUUCAUGACCUCCGCAAUCCUUCCAUACACAGGAUAGUCACUGGUGUUAGUAGACGUUCUUUAUUCGUUCAUUGCCCCUGUUUACUCCAUUCCUUUUCUCUUUGCGUACAUUCACUUUUGUCUUCUCUUCAGUUACCACCUUUGUGUUCAUGUAGCAUCUCACUUUUUCCUACCCCCUUGAGAAGUUCUGACGGUUCGUGUCUGUUCUUUCCCACUACCAUGUGCGAAACCCCACCUGCCUACGGUGGCUUCUUGCUCUCUUUUUCUUAACCACUUCUGAUCUCAUUCUCAUGCCAUCGCAGUGUACACCAAUGGUUCCAAGUCUUCUGAUGGCAUCAGAUUCGCAGAGGUGUUUCUGGACAGUGUUGCGCGAGGGCAUCUAUUAUCCCCGGCUAGUAUUUUUACGGCUGAAUUUUAUGCCAUUCUCAUAGCACUUAUCUGUCUUGCAUCUAUGCCUGUGUCACAAUUUGUGGUAGUUUCAGACUCCCUUAGUGCUUUACAGGUUAUACAAAAAUUUGAUACACCUCAUUCCCUGGUCCUUCAUAUCCAGCUUUGGUUAUGCCGUGUCUCUAGCAAGCACACAUAUUUUUUUGUUGGGUCCCCGGUCAUGUUGACAUACAGGUCAAUGAUCAGGCAGACACCACUGCGCGGUCAGCAGUACAUGACCUCCCAGUUUCAUAUAGAGGUGUUCCAUUCACAGACUAUUUUGCUGUAAUUGCUACCCACCUUCGCACCCGUUGGCAACAACGUUGGUCUGAUAUGCUCUAUAAUAAACUACAUUCUAUUAAACCGAGUAUAGGUUUCUGGUCGUCUUCGUAUCAUCAAUGUCAAGGUUGGGAGACUACUCUCUUCUGUCUUCGCAUUGGCCACACUCGUUUUACUCAUGGGUAUCUCAUGGAGAGGCACCCUGUUCCACUCUGUGAGAAUUGUCAGGUUCCAGUUUCUGUUAGCCACAUUCUGUUGGACUGCCCACUCUAUCAACGAGCACUAUCCACUGCCUCACUGCACUCCAUGACCUAAUAAUCAUCCCUCUCCCUCUUGCUACCCAUUACCCCUGCAUCCUUCCCAGCCUGGUGGUGUUGUAUGACCCUUGUAGGUUUAGCGCUUCUUUUUGAUUAUAAUAAUAAUGAAAACUAAAAAAUUAUGAUGUAGGUGAUGUUGCUGCCUGACUUAAAGUUGGACAUAAUGACACUUGCUGAACUGAAAUUUUCUCUAGAAAAGUGGCGUAAGGCAAAUUUGAUGUAGGUUAAAAUGACAUAAAGUGGGGGUAUGACUGUAAUAAUAAUUAUGAGAUAUAUUUUGAUGCAGUUAUCAGAUGAGCUCAGAAUUAGUUGCUUUUACUCCCGGUCAACACUGCCUAUAAAAUACAACUUUAUAUGAUCUCGUUUAAAAACACAAUGUAUUUAUUUGUUCAUUACAACCUAGAUUUUAAUGUGUUCAUGGGAAGCAAUAAACGCGUAGGGGUUGUACGAGACCCGAGAAGUGGAGGCGACUGUAAUUGGGGUUGAUUAAAACAAAGGAAACAUAACUCAGAUCUUUGCGUAAACGCAUUCUUGAAGUUUUUUGUAUAAUACUUUCAAAGUAUUUUUGCAUUGCUAGUGCAAAACUAUUUGACCACUUAAGUAUAAAAUUUGAUAUUUAUUUGUAUGGGUUAUUACCUCCAUUUUGAACUACAGUGACCAGGUCAAUAGUAUAUUCCGUGAUAAAUCUUACUAUAUAUAUAGUGGACCCCCGCAUAACGAUCACCUCCAAAUGCGACCAAUUAUGUAAGUGUAUUUAUGUAAGUGCGUUUGUACGUGUAUGUUUGGGGGUCUGAAAUGGAUUAAUCUACUUCACAAUAUUCCUUAUGGGAACAAAUUUGGUCAGUACUGGCACCUGAACAUACUUUGGAGUGAAAAAAUAUCGUUAACCGGGGGUCCACUGUAUUCAAGGUUAGAUAGAAAGAAUUAUUGUCUCAAAUAUUUUAUGGAUUGUAAUUAGUUACAGAAAUUAGAAGACAGACCUGUUGAUUAAUAUAAAAUUUUUUAUACAUGUUAGUAGAUGUUCUAUAGGCAAACAUCUUGACUGGUAUUAUAUGGUUUCUGUUUGUGAUACAUAGGAUAACAUGUUAGUUGUGAUUUACCAUGAAUUUAAGAGGAGAUACAGGGUUACUUGAGGUUAGUCAAAAAAGUCAGUUUUCUUCUUUCUUUCAACAAACCGGCUGUAUCCCACCGAGGCGGGGUGGCCCAAAAGGAAAAACGAAAGUUUCUCCUUUUACAUUUAGUAAUAUAUACAGGAGAAGGGGUUACUAGCCCCUUGCUCCCGAAAAGUCAGUUUUAUCCUUAUAGAUUCAUAGCAUGUUACUAGACCUUGUUGAACCACCAUAGUAUCCCUAUAAAGGUCACCAUCAGAUAUUAUGCAUUUCCUAACUGUGUAUAUCCAGUUAUCAGUUUUAAGCAAAUUUCCUAUGCCCACACUUGGUGGAGAUAGGUACUACCUACCUGGAGUCUACCUGGAGGGUGUUUCAAGUGUCAGUGUCCCUACGGCCCAAUCCUUGAGCAGGCCACCCGGUGGAUCAGGGCUUGAUCAACCAGGCUGUUACUGCUGCCCAAACGUAGUCCACAGCCUGGCUGAUUGGGUACUGACUAUUGUACAACUGUAAGUCAUUGCCUUCCUAUAUAAUGUUAAGAAGUUCAGUGUUUUAACAUCUUUAGUGGUCAUAAGAUCAGUAUCAUGUAGAAACAGAUCUCAUUCAUUUUCAUGUUUUAACUUUCCAGGUACCAUUGUACAACUAAGUAAAUGCCUUCUUAUAAAAUGUUAAGAAGUUCACUGUUGUAAAAACAUCUCUUGUGGUUGUAAGAACAGUCAUUAAAGACAUACCACAAUAA